AAAAGGCACGGAUUUAAUUAUGGGAGAAGACUACCUCCAAAAAUUGUUUGUCUAUCUACCAGUGUGAUAAAGACAUGAAUAGUACCAAAAUCAUAAAAUCUGGAUCACGUAUCACCACAAAGUACAACCAUCAAUUUCUUUUCCCUUUUCUAAAGUCCGUUCAGUACGAAAUCUUCAAGGAAGUCGCCAACAACCACUCGACCAAACGUUUAUCUUGCUUAAUCUUGAAUAUAUCUCACCUCAAUAGCCUUCAAGCUUCCUCUAUUUAAUUUCAAAGAAUGGAAGACACGGAUGAUUGUAAUUGCUUAGAGACUACAAUCAUCAGCACAAUCACCACAAAUCAUCAUGGCGGAAAAACUCAAUCUGUUAAACCUACUCAAACUAUCACAUCUUCACAAUCUAAUUUAGUUACCGUUGUAGUACAACUUGGAGUUUUCCCAUCUGGAAUCAGUAUUAUACCAACAUCUUCAAAUUCAACCAAUAAUACUUCUUCGACAAGUUUUAUUGCUUUACCUACACCUACGGAUUCAAUUAUAACUCCAAUCAGUACUCAAAACGUUAGAUUGAUUGCUACAUCUUCUAGUUCAUUGGGAAGUCAACCUACAUCACUUGAUUCAAUGGACAAUGCUUUAUACGCUCAAAGAGUUGCACCUAUUGCUGGUGCAGUCAUUGGUGGAAUCUUUUUGCUUUCGGUUCUGGUGGGAUUAUUAGUAACAUGGAUCAAGAGAUCAAAAAGGAGAAGGGAGGCAGAUACACUAGAUA